CGGCUGAGGAGACUUUGAUCACUUCAGUUGUUAGCUUAGCAGCGGAGACUUACGUCUCUAUUUAUUGUUUUCUUACUCCGCAUUUAUUCGACUAGCCUUUUUAAAGAGAUGUGGUUUAUUUAUUUACUCAGCUGGUUGUCGCUGGUGGUGCAGAUAUGUUUUAUUACUCUCGCUAUCGCUGCGGGCCUGUAUUACUUGGCGGAGUUGAUAGAGGAGUACACCGUUGCCACCAGUCGCAUUAUAAAAUAUAUGAUAAUGUUUUCCACAGCUGUGCUGGUGGGGCUCUACCUGUUUGAGGGCUUCCCCACACUCAUGAUUGGAGUGGGUCUCUUCACUAACCUGGUUUACUUUGGUCUGCUGCAGACAUUUCCCUACAUUAUGCUCAGCUCUCCAAACUUUAUCCUCUCAUGUGUACUGGUUGUGUUAAACCACUAUAUGGCCUUCCAGUAUUUUGCAGAGGAGUAUUAUCCUUUCUCUGAGGUUCUAGCAUACUUCACAUUAUGCCUGUGGGUGAUUCCGUUCUCUUUCUUCGUUUCUCUUUCUGCUGGCGAGAAUGUCCUUCCCUCCACUGUGCAGCAGGGAGAUGACGUGGUGUCAAACUACUUCACUAAAGGCAAGCGGGGCAAGCGCUCUGGCAUCCUGCUCGUUUUCUCUUUCUUGAAAGAGGCUGUUUUGCCAAGCCGACAAAAGAUGUACUGAAGAAGCAGUUAAAGUUGAACACAGAAUUGAUGGAGUGCUGGCAUGGGGAUGCUCAGACCACCAUCCCUUUAAAAUGGACAGCAUCUUUUUUUGUGGGAAGGUUUCAUUUGGAAUGAUGAAGAGAUCGAAUGUGUAUCUGAGGGAGAGGACCACAUCUGAACAAACGCACAUACAAACUCCUGGAAUGAACAGUCUGUCUGUUAAUUCAUAAGAGAGUCGCCAGCUAAUUCUUUUUAGGCGUCCCAAGUCAUGAACGGACUUCACAAAUCUUACAUUUUUUAAAGGCUUCAUGGUUUUGAUGGUGUCUGUAUGUGGAUGAUGGUGGAAGGGGGCUUUGACUGCUAGAGAUGAGAUAGCAGUACUGUCAAUCGAGGCUCCUGAUGAUUUUCUUCUAAUUGUGUCACUUCAGAAGCCAAUGUUUGUGUCUGUCCAUCAAUGAAUAAAGGUGUCUGGAUUUUUUUUCCUCCAGUUUUUUUUAAAAGCAAUAUUUUACCCCAAAUCCAAUGCACCUCUUUUUUUUUUUUUUCUCCAAUUUAGGUACAUAAUACACUAAACAUAUUUGCUUUGAGAGCAGACCAAGUAAUUUUUUGAAUUAACUAUGUAAAGUAUUUGCUGAAAAUUUGUGGUUUAUGUCCAUUCUCUUUUAUAAAUCCAUUUUAUAUCAACUGGUGGUUUGACAAGUACAAAAAAAUUAAAAAAAUAGAUUGGUGGGUAAAAUAUUGCUUUGAAUAAAAUAAUGAGCACCAUAGUGUUGGCCAUGCUCAAUUUUGUGUGCUAAACAAUAUAAUAAAAUUCAGUUGUAUGAGUUUUUAGAAAGGUGAACAGUCAUGUACACAUAAGAAUCAGCUAUAAGUGGGUGAAUCUCACAAAAGUUAGUGACAUUAUUUUCAUGACAUUUAAGAACUUUUUUUUACCUUCAAUUCCUGCAAUGCAUCAUGAAAUUUUACUUCACAUUUUUUCCUAUUUUUCAUUCUAAAUGGUGAUUCUCAUAAAAUUUCCAUUACUGUAAUACAUGAAUGUGUACAGUAUUAUAGUUAAAAUUGUGCAAAAAAAUUGAAAUACGCAUAAAGGCAGCACAAUAAAUAUGACCAUGAAGUCUACUUUACAAAGUAUGUAAUUUUUACUGUAGGAUAUUACAGUAAUGAGAAAUGUUUUGCAUUAUGGUAAUUAAAAUGGACAUCAGCUUGUAGUCCACAAACACAGAAGGCUAAUUCACCAUGGGAUCCCUCUGGAUUUUCCAGUGGGUUUUUAUAAUGGAAGUUUUGGAUUAUGAGUAAAAUAAGGCCUGUGUUAAACAUUACCUUAAGGUACUUGGACGUUUUGUCCUACAACAUAAAUGACACACUUUCAUACAUCAAACUUAGAUUUUGAAGCUGCCGGGUUUUUUUUGUGUUUUUUUUUUUAAGGAUGUUGCUUCAGUAUGGCUUAAAAAUGUAUGCUUGACAUAUGACUGUGUGUACUUUAUGUUGUAGAGCAAAACGUCCACUUAUUUUCAAGUGACGUUUACCACAGACAUUAUUUGCUCACAAAUUCAAAACUGCCAUCAUAAAAACCCAUAGGAAAAUCCUGAGGGAACACAUGGCGAAUUAGCCUUCCGGGUUCGCCUACAAAUUGCCAUCACAGCUGAACAGCUCUAUUGAGGAUGGAAUUGUCCUUAAUUUUCAUAAAAACAAUGUCACAAUUGAAAAAAAUCUUAAUAGGCCUCAAAGUAGGGUUUUUGUGUUUGAGCUAAUUUUAUUUUAUUUUUUUCUUUAGGAAAAAAAGUAUUUCAAAAAGUAAAUGUGAAUAAUUUGUAAUAAAAUGUCAAUAAAUGAUGUGGAGGGGCUGCCAUGAUGUGAAAA